GCUAACAUGAGGGAUUAUUUAAGAAAUAAACGAAAGCGGAAUCACUUUUCAUGCUCAAUUGUUACAGACAAAGUUUUCAAACACGUAGGAUCAUUUACUGAAAGCAAACUGACAGAUGUACACGGGAAGAUAUCUCAGACAUUAGGAGUACAGCGUGCAUGUAUCGACCAGUGCAGUCAACAAUACAAGAACGACUUUAGAAGUUGGUGUCAAACUUGCAAGGAUUGGAGGACUGAACUCUUGAAAUAUCAUCUUUAUCCUCAGAACAUCAUAUGGUCGAAACUUAAAUCAUGGGAAUGGCCAAUCGACCCAACACAUAUUGCCGAGGUGUUUAUGAUUCAGGACUUCGACAAAACAAACCCCAAUCUACAGGACGUGACAGUUUCCUUCAACAUUUGGAAGCGAUGUAUUGAGUUUCCAAGAAGUCUGAUACCAAUAGCAGAUGCUGUUAGGAAAUGUAGAAAUAAGUUAUGCCAUAAUAUAAUGGACUGUGACGAUAACUUGAAGACUAAAACGUUCACGACAAUCAAAACGCUUGUUCGCCACAAUGAUUUUUCACAACAUAUUGGCAUCGCUAAUAUCGCAGACCUUUCCGAGCAUAUUCGUGACCUUGAAAAUGACCAAUUAACCGAGUAUAAACACGAAAUAGAAGAAAUGUUACAAGAGAUAAAAGAAAAAUUAACUGAUGUCAACAAACAAUUCAGUAUACAGUGGAAACUCUUCUGUUCCUUUUUUGUAGUGUACAUUGCUUGUGUUUUCCACCAAUUACAUUUCUAUCCGCAUUCAAACCUAAUUCAGGGGAUAUUGACGAUGAAUUGGAUGAGGAAUGAGAUUGGAGAGUGUUUGCCAGAAGACAUCAAAGGGGAUUUUCGAAAUCCUUUGAGACUGGAGACUUAUUUAAAACGCCACAAAGAAUUAGUGGGACGAGAAUGGCUUUUUAAUUUGACUGAACAUAGUUUGCAAAAUAUGAAUGCUUCCAAGAACGGUCUUGUUCUAGAGGCCGAUAUGGGUUAUGGGAAAUCCGCGUUUGUCGCUCAUACUGUGUGCGCAGGCGAAAACAGCCAAGGUCAUCGAUUGAGGGAAAUGUUAGUUGCUUUCCAUCUUUGCAAAUUUGAUGUUAUUCUUACCAAAAAGCCUGGAUUAUUUAUCCAAAGACUUACGUCAAUGAUUUUCCACUUCAUACCAGAAUUGGAGUUCGACGAUCAAUGUUUAGAGCAUUACCGCAUGAGCGAAAUAUGCAAUGUAGACCCACUCGGAUGUACUGAGAAUUGCUUAAUACAUCAUUUAGAUAAACUUGAUAAAAGCGGUUUUAAACCUUCGGCUGUUAAAGUGAUUCUUAUUGAUGCCAUAGACGAGUGCGCAAAUAACAGAGAUACAAAUGACAAUCCUGUUUUUGAAGUUAUUCGGAAGAGAUUUUAUUUAUUUCCAAAUUGGAUUAAGCUGCUAAUGACCAGUCGAAGAUCAAAAGAAAACGUAAUGUUAUUACUUGAUUUUGAUGUGAUAUAUUUGCGAAGUAUGGACAAAAGAAAUUUGAGAGACAUCCAGUCGUAUUUGAACAUUACAAAUGACAAGAUUCUUGAACAAACUGCGAGCUUUAUUAUAGCGAAGUAUAUGGUGGAAUCAAACAACUUUACCGAAGGGAACUUAAGAAAUCUUAACCGAUUUUAUAAUGACCAGUUUGAAAGAAUAUUUGGAAAGGAAUUUGCAUUAGCAAGAAUUAUUCUUGAAGUCACAGCCACUACCUUUUGGACAAUAACAAAACACAAUAUAAUCGAAAUUAUAACAAAUUAUAAUAAGAUUUCAACAGUGGAUGAAGGAGGCCUUAACAAUGAAUUCGACAAGGUUGAACAUUUUUUUAUAACUGAAAAUGAUACAUUUUCGUUUAAUCACCACUCUGUUGUUGAAUGGUUGGAAACUAAGUCUCCUGAAACGUAUAGAAUACGUCGAGCAAAUGGUCAUAAGAUGAAUGCUAUGUAUUUACUGAGCGUAAUUGCAACAGGUAGCAAUAUAGUCAUUGAUAUAGUCGAUUUAGCUAUACAUUUAAUGAACAGCGAAAAUUUUGAUGAAUUGAUAGAUCAAUUUAAGAACAUAACACUUGAACAAAGAAGGCACAUGGAAAUGAACUUUUCUGAAUCACCAUUGAUACGAUGCGUGAAACGUACUGACUGUUCAAAUAUACCUAGUGUUCUGUACUUUUAUUACAACAACACUGAAGAGCUUAGUAGCGAGAAUUUUACUGCGGCGUACAUUGCAGCUGCUACGGGGAAAUUGUCCGCUUUAAAAAGUCUUUGUGAUCAUGGGGCUGAUGUGAAUUUUAGAGUAAAAUCUUACCACGGAACAAAACGUGCAAACGUUCAAAGUGCUACGCUUAUUAAACAGUGGGGUUACGGAUUACUCGAUAUUGCCGCUCAAAAUGGGCAUGUACAUAUUGUAAACUUCAUUUUGACAGAUACGAGCAUUUUCGGGAACUACACACAUCACAUAUUGAAUGGCUUCAAUUUAAAGCCUGUACAUCUUGCGUGCAAGUACGGUUGUGUUGUGACUGUCAAAGAGUUUUAUCUACACAAUAAAGAAAUCGUUGACUAUGAGCUAUGUCUUCAUUUCGCAUCGGACGGGGGGCAUGUUGCUUUGAUGUCGUACUUAGUCAAUGAAUUGAAUAUAACCGAAAAAAUGCCGGGAGUGUAAUAAAGAGCUGACUUGUCUUCCCAAUGGAUCUUUCCGAAUGCAAGGAAGGGAAGUAGAGGUAGUUAGUCUGUUUGAUGUGUGGCGUAGUUUGUCAUGUGAAAGUGCACUUAAUGCAGCAAGUCGAGGGGAUCACAUUGACAUUAUGAAACCUAUCCUGUCCUCUGAUGGAGGCUCAACACUGACCUGUCUGUAUGGAAGAGGAAGUACCACAUUGAUUACAGCAUUUUAAACUGAUCGAAGCGAAAUUGUGAAAUAUAUCAUUGAACAACAUUACAAUUUGGUGAACUGAAUCUGUGGAAUUGCCACGGGUAUCAAUGAUAAACGUCAGCUUAAUAAGCAGAGUGAAGUAUUACUUAAAGGUUAUGAGUGUCAAUCGAGUCUUUGGCUUCAGAAAAUCAUCGCAGGUCAAAAUCUAAGAUUUGAUAACAACGAAGAAGCUUUAGAGUUCUUUACCGAAGCUACAACCGGGUGCUUACCAGCUCAUUUUGCUGCUUGCAGCGGCAACAUUCAGUUUCUUCAACACCAGGUAUUUGACCAAAUGAUUGACAUAUUAGCACUGAAAUGUGACAACAAAUACACGCCUUUGCAUUCGGCUAUCGUUUCCCAAAAUAUAACUUCGUUUGUCUUUAUUGUAGAGCAGGUUCCUGGGGGGAAUUAUACCUGAAAUCAGAACGAAGUUUUUUUUUGGUUUGCUAUAAAAUAAUCUCCAUUUAUAUUAAAGGAGUCAACCAAACAACCGCUGUCGGCUAUAAUCGUUAAGUGGAUUUCUCGUUUUCCGGAUUUGUUAAAUGAUGGCUUUGGAAGAAAUCCUUUACAUUUCCUUAUCCAAAAUGGACAUACUAACACGCUUAAUUGGAUCAUACGCAUGCUUUAUGGCAAUUUUGACAUCUUAAUACAACGAAAAGACAUGUUUGGCCAGACACCAAUCAUAUAUUCAGUUCGUCUACUAAAGAAACAAUACGGGGUUGCCAUCUCAUUAAAUAAUUUCAAAACCAAUGUCCACACAGGUAAACGCGCGUUUACUCAAAGUGAAUAUUCAAUUAUUACUUGUUUGCAAAGUGCACAUACUCAAAAUAUAUCGCAAUCUUAUUCUGAAAAGGGGAUUUUAAAGUUACUGGUUAAAAAUCAACUUUUUGAAUUAUAAGUUUGUUUUUGAAAUACUCUGUGACCAAGAAAGGUGCCAACCUGAAAUAUUUUAUGUCAUAUUGAAAAAUGAUUUACAUGGAUUUUUUGUGUGGUACUAAAAAGAAACAAACUGUCCGACGGCCAAAUUCCCCAAAUUCCAUGCCCUUUACAUAAUAUUAUCGAAAAGAGAGCUUAUUAUGCACAUGCCGUAUUACCACGCUAGAGUUAUUUUGUUUUAUAUUUGUUGGAAUCCGUAAGACCUUAUAUUUUAAAGAGCUGUGAAAAAAACCUUGGUAGAAUUGGACUCGAUGUAGCCAUUGAUCAAAAUAUUGUGAAUAGUUUUCCACUUUUUAUGAAUUUAAACAAAUUUAAAGACGUAUUGCCAUUAUUGAAUAGGUUGUUAGAUAAGAAUUUAAGUUAUUCAUAUGAUGUUUGUUUACAAAAGAACAUACUUUUGUAUGGAAAUGGGGUAGCGUUCAGAUUCAAAGACGAUAUCACAGAUCAUUAUACAAAACUCGUAAUUACAGGACCACAUAACUUUUACGAAUUAUUCUUCAAAAAUCUUAAUUAAGAAGUAUACAUGUAACAGACUCUACACUCAAGAACCCUUGACAGUAUAAAAUAUUAUUCGGUUUCACUAAACUGAAAUCCGAACAAUAUUAUGUAUUUUUCUCUUAAUGUGAGAAUCAUGCUAGGAAACUAAUGGAUGGUGAAAGUGGUAUACCCUUCUUUGCAGGGUGAGUAAAAGAAUUUUCGAAUUUCAGAAACAUUAACAGUAACUUAAAAGCAACAUUUUAAUUUCGAACAUAUUCUUAUAUGGCUAUAAAAUCACUAUUACAAAUUUAUCCAUUUUCAAAAGAUAUGAGUACUUAUCGAGAAAUGGUGUAUUUUUGUCUAUGUGCAGUUUAUAUAUAUAUAUUCGCCAGAGGGUUCUAAGUUAGUUUUCUUUCUUCUUUAAAUUAUGUUAAAUCACUUGACACGUGAAUGUUUAUAUGUUGAUUUAAUGUGUUGGUUUAUUAUUCUGGUAUUAAUUUGUAUUAUGUAAAUUAUGUUUAUGGACGAUGCACUUUGUACAAGUUUGAAAUGAACUCUUCUGUCUGUCUGCUGACUGCCUACCUGCCUGCCUGCCUGGCUGUCUGCCUGUAUUUCUCUCUGUCUAUAUUUAUAGUACAUAUACUGUUGUUGUUGGUGUUGUUAUGCACUGUUUUUUAGGGGAAAUGAAACAGUUUGAUUUGGCUUUUAGGUAAGGAGUAGAUAUUCUAUUUAGAGGUCAAAAGUAAUCAACAGUUAACAAAAUAAAAAUGAUAUUAUAAUCUAUAGAGUUAUGUUUUAAUUGAUUGAAAUGGAUUCUUUUAAUAUUGGAUUAAUCAAUAACUAUUACACCACAACUUACUUUUCAAAUUAUUGUUAAUUAUAAUUUUAGAUUGAAAAAUGCUCUAUCCUAGAAAUGUAUAUAUAAAUUGUUGAAUGUUUAACUGCUAAAUGUUUUUAAUUUAAUUGGAUUUUGAAAACAAACGUUACCUUAUAGUAUUGUAAGCAAUGUUUUGUUUCUUUGUCAUGAUUGACAUGAUCAUAAAUUUCCCCUUGAUAAUAAUAAUUACAUUGAUCAUAAUGUUCAAUAUCGUACAUAAUUCUUAGGUGAUAAAUUGUACUUUAGUUUUGAAUAUUGAUAUAUGGUAAAAACUAGACAACUACAUUUACAAUCUAGAAACUGAUGUUUAUUUGUGUGCUGUUUAUUAAUGGUGUGAAGGAUUACCUGCUAACGAAGUAGUAAACAUUGCCUUUUAAUUUGAUACAAAAUUACAUUUAUGACUUUGACCGAAUUUUAACUGUGUAUUUGGUCGGUGAUUGGGGUUAGAAAUUAUUUUAUUAUGUAUGAUAUAUUUACUAAUGCUAUUAAUAAUGAUGACUAUGUUGCAGAUGUACCCCUUGCACGGGCCUCUGUUGAAAAACAUUGCAAUACAUUUGGCUUAAGGCUUCUUGAUCUUUGAAAAUUCACGGGAUUUCGUAUUUGUAACGGCCGAAUUGGCAAUGAUAAUAAUUGUAUGUCAUUAAUUGUCAUUGUCAGUAACCUUUGCAUCUCGAAAAGGGUCGUUUGUUAUUGAUUACCUGUUGUGCAAGCAAUUUAAUUUUGAUGAUAUUAUCGGAUGUUAUAUGUGUCCAUCAAGUAAAUGGAGUGCUCAUUGACCACUAGCUUUUUCAAUAAAAACAAUUCUUACUGCGACAAAAGAAAAACGCAGUGCAAUUUUGAUAAGCAGUGGUGUGGUAAUUAAAAUCUCAAUAUAAAGCGGGAUUUAUAUCUAAAUUAUCAAUGUUCAACAUAUUAGCGGAAAAUGUAAAUGUACAAAAUAGAUCUGAUAUUGAUAAUAUAAUACAUGACUUUACACAAACCAUUUACAGUAUUGCUGAUCCCUUGUUUGAAAAGGAUAAUAUAUAUAAAGAAAAAAACAUGUUUCGUCAACAUUUCAUAUCGUAAAAACAACAAUGGUUUGAUGAUGAUUGUAUAACAGCAAAAUGUAUUUACUUUGAUGCUGCGAACAUGUAUAAUCAUUGUUAAACGAACACAAAUAGAAUACAAAUGUGAUCUUUGAAAAGUGUUUAUAAAAUGCUCGUAAAACGUAAGCGAAACUUGUUUAAAGCUGCUUAAGGCAAAGGAAUUGAGCAAUUACGAUUUUCUAAACUAAGGCCUUUUCGACAUAUUUUAAAAAGCAAAACGGAACAGUAGUAAUGAUAUUUCGUUGCAUGAUUUUACUAAAUAUUUUUCAGAAUUAGAUGAUGAUAUGUUACAAACCAAAAAUGUUGGAGCCGAAGUUUUUAUUAGAAAUAACGAUUUCUCAAAUACAAGUGACAGUGUUAAACUGUUUUUAAAUUGAGACAUAACCGUUGAUGAAAUAAAAGCAGCUGUUAAGACAUUAAAUAGUAUCAAAUCUUGUGGGCCAGAUGCCUUGUUAAAUGAAUAUUUCAUAGAACGUAUGGGUUUACAACUGUGUGAUAUGUUUAAUGCUAUUUUAAACAAUGAAAAUGAAAUUUUAAACAAUGACAACACUGGUUGUUUCCCAGAUAGCCAGACUAAAUGAAUUGUUAUACCUUGAUAUGAAAAGGGAGCUAAACUUGACGUAAAAAAUUAUAGAGGCAUUACCAUAGUUAGUUGUAUGUCAAAACUGUUUACGACGAUACUUAACAAAAUAAUAAUAUCUUUCUGUGAUGAAGCAAAUGGGUGUCAGAUGCCGAGUAUGGUUUAAGAAAGGCUAUAUCAACAAUUUACAACAUUUGUUUUAUUAAAAAAAAUAACGAAAAUAAACGUUUGUAUUGUGUAUUUGUAGAUUUUAAAGAGGCUUUUGAUAGCAUUUACAGAAAAGCUUUUUGGCUAAAAAUGUAUAAAACUGAUAUUAAAGGUAAAGAUAAAUGGGAAAAUAGGCCGUUAUCAACUGUAUAUAUUACGAUAUGUUAGAAUUUUAAAGUAUUGGUUCAAAGUUGUUGAAACAGAUAAUGUUAUAAUCUAGGAAAUAUAUAAUAUGUCUGUUAAGGACUGUCAAAAUUGUAAACGUAAUUUAUUUUCUGGUGGUAAAAAUAUUCUCAGCAAGCAUGGCUUUGCAUAUUAUUUUGAUAACCCACUGUUCUAUAAUGUUAACACAUUAGUCAGUUUAUUCAGAGAAACAUUAAUUGAUACAUUUAAGCAAACGUGGGGUAAUGACACGUUCUAAACUUGUAUAAUGAUUUAAAAGGUACAUAAGACUUUUAACAAUAACUGAAAUUUUACCACGAUGUUGUAAUACUAGAUAAAGAGUGUCUGCUCCUUCAUUAAGAAUCCUCACCGAAGAUAAUAACAAAUAACAACAUUCCUAGAAAUGAACGUUAUUGUACCUUUUGUAUUUCCAAUGAUCUAGAAGAUGAAUUUCAUUUCAUAUUAUUAAUAUGUCUUUGUUAUAAUGAUAUCAGUAGGAACUACCUUAGGAAAUAUUCUAUGUCAAAGAAAGAAUGUACGAGUAUUAGUUUAUAGAAAUGCUAAAGCCAGACAACAAAAAUACUGUAUUUAAUCUAUCCAAUUAUAUUAAAGAACAUCGAACUUCCAUUACAUAUAAUGAUAAAAUUAUAUCAGCUCAUAGUCAUAUUUUAUUUUUUGCAUAUUUUUUUUUGACUUGUGACAAAUUAUUCAUAUCUAUAUAUUAAUAUUGCAUGUAUCUAAUCUGUAUUAAUCUGACAUGUUGUAUUGCCGUUAUAUAUUUCUUUUUAUAUUCUAUGACAAUGUACCUUGUGGGUAUAUGUCAAAUAAAAUUAUGUUUUGUUCUGUUCUGUUCUAUUGAUAUCUAUAAAUAAAUUCAUUCUCGUGUUGUUGUUACUGCAAGAUAUUGUCAACAUCUAACAGCCAUAUUCAAUAAUAUUACUUUAGAUUGUCUAGGUUCGUAAGAACAAUCAUAAAAAUACUUAAUUAGUGCCUCCAUCAUUGUCAUCACAUUUAAUCAUAUCUAAUUGCAGUAUUGUUUAAAACUAUUUAAUCGUUUUGUACAAGUUGUUGAUGAUAUCCGAGUAUCCUUGAUUUUUACUGUGCUGUAGUAAUCAUAUUUGCUUUUUUAAUAAAACUGUAUAGUCUGUAUAGUAUGUACUUUCUUGUUAAAACUGUACUAGAAUAAA